ACUUUGACAUGCAACAUCUGGAUUUAUUUUAUAACUACAAUAUUGUCCAAAUUUUGACUUGGGUGUGGUCUAUGAAUAAGGAAAGCAGAAAUUGUGAUUUGAGGAGACACCUUCCAUUUUAUAACAUUCAGGGUAUAAAAUGUGAUUGAUAUUAUAUUAAACAGUAGUUGGGGAUUAUUGAAGCUUGCCAUUCAUCUCACCAAUCGGCACUUGAAGCAGAGAAGUACCUUACACGGAGACCAGGAUCAGUGUGCAGGCUGAACUCACUCGCUAGUUAUGUAUUUCCUUCACCGUAUGUCAUUACUUAUUUUGAACGAACUGAUCCCCUGUCACUGACCACAGAACAUAGGACAGUGCGUGAGGGGAGCAGGUCCUUUGGCCCUCAAUGUCUGUGCACAAAAUCUAUAUCCCUCCAUCCCCUGCCUAAACAUAUCUCUGUCCAAGUGUCUCUUAAACAUUAAUAUCACAUCUGCUUCCACUACCUGCUCUAUCAGCACAUUCCAGGCAUCUACCACUCCACUUGCAAUUCAAUUAGCUCUGAGUUAUUUGUUUAAAUGAAUACAUAACAAGAUUAACUGUAAUCUAUAUAUUUGAAUAAAUAACAUAGUACUGAUAACACCAGGCACAUAAUAGGUGGAUUUAAGAAGCGCACUUAAACUCUGCUUUCCAAACUAACUUCCAAUCACAUAUUUUAAAGCUGUAAAAAAUCACUUGACCCUUAAAUCUCCUUUAAACUUUCCUCAUCUCAGACAAAAGCCAUACCUUCUAAAAUUUGACACUUCAGCCCUGGGGAAAAGAUACAGCAACAAAUAAAUGAAUUGUGAACAUUUAAUAAAAUGUAAUUUCUUCGAACACUUUAGAGGGAUUCUAUUUCUGGCUUUGAACACUUGCUGAAACUUUCAGGAAAUACCUUAGAGAAUUUUAGUCACUGCAGAUUAGAAAUGGCUAAUAGGAUUAAUAUAAUUUUAUUCCUUUAAUAAAUGAUUGAUGUAAUAACUGAGUAACCUUUGCUUGUUUUGCUGAUAACAAGUUAUUCAUAUUUGACCACAACCUCUAUAAAGGGAAAACCCAAACUUGCACCAGCUUCUAUACAUGACAUAACCAAACGGCAAUAAAUACAGAUGGCAUGUACUAUUGAUCAGAUACAGACUGCAAGCAGUACAGGAAUAGUCAGAAGAAGAUCAUUUGAAAGAGUUCAUCACCAUGAACAGCAAAGUUAACUUCAUUGUCCUCACUCUUCUCUUAUUGUAUGUGCCUUCCAUAAAAGCUGCAUCAGUUUUGAGAUCAGGAAUGGACCUGCGCUGUCAGUGCAUCAAACCAUCCUCAAAUUUCAUCCAUCCGAAGUUCAUGAAGAACAUUGAAAUUAUUCCCAGUGGUCCUCACUGUGAGAAUGUAGAAAUCAUUGCCACUCUUCAGGAUGCUAAGCAAAUCUGCCUGGAUCCUGAAUCCCCUUGGGUGAAAAAAAUUAUAAACAAGAUAAUCAGCCGUUCCCAGACUGAUCCAGUUCAAUAAGGAGAAGCUCAGUGUCUGAGAGCGAGGCGGCUGAAAUAUUAUUCAUACCAGAGACGCAGAAUCUUGCAUCUUGUUCAGAUCUAUGCUGGGAGCUUAACAGCCUGUGAAUCUGUACAGGCUUUAAACUGUUAAAGUUUAAACAGUAUAUUUAUAUUUACUAUAUUUAUUUUACUUAAAUUUAUUUAUGUGGUGAUGAUAAUGUUUGAGGGAAGAUUAUUUAUGUGUAUUUAUAUAGUAAAGACAAUGCUUGAAGAAUGAAAUGCAUUUCUUUUGUUACUGAGUCAUAUCAUGCAUUAUUUUAACAAGCUGUGAAUACGUCAGAGAUCACCAUCACAAAUGAGUAGAAAGCAAAUUCCAAAAUGGUCUUCAGUGGAGCCAACAAUGCAAACACAACCAGGGAUCAGGUAGCGCAAGGCUGCCAGUUCCAUAUCCUUUCAAUGGAGAAGCACAAGAGACUGCAUGUUCUGCAGUCUGGAGCAACAGGCAAUCUGCUAGAAGAACUCAGUGGGUUAAACUGCAUUUGACCUGUUCCAGGAUUUUGGCCCGAAACAUGGACAACUCCUUUCCUCCCACGGGUGCUGUUUGAUCUGCUGAUUCCUUCACAAUUGUUCAUUGUAAACGCUUCAGGUUAUAUUUAAUCAACAUUGUAAGGUAAAGUCUACCAACUAUUUAUUGUAAAAUACAACUAAGUAUUUAUGUAUGUCCAAUGAUUUCAUCCAAGGAUUACAUUUGGCUCCAUUAUAAUAAUGUCAUCUUGACAACAGGAAAAUAAUGCUACAGAAAUACAUCUUUUGAUAAUAUAAUGUGAGAUUUUCAAUGCAUUUCAUCAACUAGAUUUUUAUAUGUAGCUACUCAGAGAUAAAUUAUUUUGUAUAUUGAUUGUAUGGCAUUAAAUUUGCUCUUUUAGUUUCAAAUAAGCCUAAAAUUAUUAUUAUUAAAAUAUCUGGAGAUA